AUGCGUUCCAAGGGCGAUAAUGCCGGGCCGCCCGCCGACGUUGGCAACGGCCUCGCCCUCAAAAUCGUCAUCCUGAGGGCCAGAAACCUAGCUGCCAAAGAUCGCGGCGGCACAUCUGACCCUUAUCUCGUGCUCACUCUCGGCGACGCCCGGGCUGUCACCCAUUCCGUCUCAAAGACGCUCAACCCGGAAUGGAACGUCAUCGAAGAGCUCCCUGUCAACUCGGUCCAUAGCCUCGUCCUCGACGUCAUCUGCUGGGACAAGGACCGCUUCGGCAAGGACUACAUGGGCGAGUUCGACCUGGCCUUGGAGGAAAUAUUCCAGAAUGAAAAGACUGAGCAAGAAGCUCGAUGGUUUCCCCUUAAGAGCAAGCGCCCCGGCAAGAAGACAAGCAUCGUCUCUGGCGAGGUCCUGCUGCAGUUUACUCUUCUCGACGGCUCUAGCCCCAACGCCUCCCCGCAGCAGAUUUUCGACAAGUUCUACAGUCUUGUUGGCGCCGUCAACCUCGGCUCGUCUCGUAACGUCACCCCGUCCAUGACACCGCUCCUCGUCCCAACGAAUGCUCCCAAAUCCAACUCGUCCUCGCCCGACGACGGUGGGGACGACGAUGACGACGAUGACUUCACAGAGCUCGACGACGAUGCCAACGAAGAAGGCGAGGAUCCCUCCAAGCCGGAGACAGCCGAGAAACGGAGAAGACGUUUGAGGAUCAAGGGUUUGAAGAAGAGGCGCCGCCAGAAUCCCUACGCUUUGAGCGGAUCCUCGGACGUGGUCGGCAUCAUUUUCCUGGAAAUUUGUAAAAUCACCGAUCUCCCACCCGAGUCGAACCUGACGCGGACUGGCUUCGACAUGGAUCCCUUUGUCGUCGCGUCGCUGGGCAAGAAGACGUAUCGUACCCGCCGUGUCAGGCACAACCUGAACCCGGUCUUCAACGAAAAGAUGAUAUUCCAUGUCCAGGGGCACGAGCAAUCCUACUCGUUUGCUUUUACCGUCAUCGACCAUGAUAAGUACUCAGGCAACGACUUCAUCGCAUCCUGCACUUUUCCCGUCCACGGCCUGAUCGAGAGAGCGCCACAAGCAGACCCCGAAACCGGACUCUACUGCCUGCCGGAUUUCCCUGAGCAUACGCCUGCUGCUGCCAAGGCACGCUUCAAGAAGCUGAACAUAUCUCGGAACUCGUCCUCGCAGAGCCUGGGCAAGAUGAUGCGGCCGGGACAGUCCAAAACUUCGACGGGCUCCAGCACUGGCUCGCAGUCCCAAGCUUCCGACUCGGGUCAGGCUCAGGCCAGCGGCCCAAGCCAUUUGGCGCCGACAGAAGCGCUUGCCAAUCCGAGCGCCGAUGUCUUGGAGCCUUCGAUGGAGGGAGAGGACACCGGCUUCCACGACUAUGUGCUGCCCCUCAAGAUGAAAAACCUGGACAAGUGGGAGUCGAAGCACAAUCCGGUCAUCUACCUUCGCGCCAAGUACAUGCCGUAUUCCGCCCUCCGCCAGCAGUUUUGGCGAGCCAUGCUUCGACAGUACGACACCGACGAGAGCGGAGAAAUUAGUCGCAUCGAGUUGACCACCAUGCUCGAUACCCUGGGCUCGACGCUGAGGGAGUCGACGAUUGACAGUUUUUUCCACCGCUUCCCUCACAAGGCGGCCGACAACGAAGAAAGCUGGGACCUUACCAUGGACGAGGCUGUCAUUUGUCUGGAAGAUCAACUACAGGUCAAGAGCAAGCCGGCUGCGUCUGCUGCCGAAAAGCUCAAGAGUUUAGUGCCGGACAUGAAGCAUCUCGGCCUCGGCAAGCCAGCUGCUGGCUCAGACAUGUCCGGCACGUCCACCCCUCAGAUCUCCAUCGAGUCCCAUCAGUCCAAUGCCACGGCGGAGACGAACACUCCGGCGGAGCCUGAGGGUGACGAGGAUCUGGGCGAUGACCGGGAGGAACACGUCGUGGAGAUUCGCGAGUGCCCCAUCUGCCACCAGCCGCGGCUGAACAAGCGCAGCGACUCAGACAUCAUCACGCACAUUGCGACGUGCGCUAGCCAAGACUGGCGGCAGGUCAACACGGUGCUCAUGGGCGGCUUCGUGACGGCCAGCCAGGCACAGCGGAAGUGGUAUUCCAAGGUCAUCACCAAGAUUUCAUACGGAGGGUACAAGCUCGGGGCCAACUCGGCAAAUAUCCUGGUCCAGGACCGAAUGACUGGCCAGAUCAACGAGGAAAAGAUGAGCGUGUACGUACGCCUGGGCAUCAGGUUACUGUACAAGGGAUUGAAGUCUCGCGAUAUGGAGAACAAGCGUAUUCGAAAGCUGCUGAAGAAUCUGAGCAUCAAGCAGGGCAAGAAGUUUGACGACCCCGCGUCCAGGGACGAGAUUGAAAAGUUUAUUGAAUUCCACGGCCUGGACAUGUCAGAGGUGCUGCUGCCAGUGGAAGAGUUUAGAAACUUCAACGAGUUCUUCUAUCGCGCCCUGAAGCCCGACGCGCGACCCUGCUCGGCACCAAAUAACCCGAAAAUCAUUGUGUCGCCAGCCGACUGCCGCAGCGUCGUCUUCAACCAGAUGACGCAGGCGACAAAGAUCUGGGUCAAGGGGCGCGAGUUCAACAUGAGGCGACUGCUGGGGAACGCCUACCCCGACGACGCUGCGCGGUACGAGAAUGGCGCGCUCGGCAUCUUCCGGCUGGCGCCGCAAGACUAUCACCGCUUCCACAUCCCGGUGGACGGCGUCAUGGGGAAGCCGGUCAUGAUUGCAGGCGAGUACUAUACGGUGAACCCCAUGGCGAUACGCUCCGCGCUGGACGUGUACGGCGAGAAUGUGCGGGUCGUGGUGCCGAUUGACAGCGAGGCCCACGGGCGCGUCAUGGUGAUUUGCGUGGGCGCCAUGAUGGUGGGAAGCACCGUCAUCACACGCAACGAGGGCGACUACGUCAAGAGAGCCGAGGAGCUGGGAUACUUUAAGUUUGGCGGCAGCACGAUCCUGGUGCUAUUUGAGCCAGGAAAGAUGCGAUUCGACGACGACUUGGCCGACAACUCGAGCGGUGCCCUGGAGACGCUGGUGCGAGCAGGCAUGUCGAUUGGGCAUUCGCCCGACCAGGCGCAGUGGACGCCGGAUAUGCGCAAAAACGACGAGGAUGUCACAGAGGCGGAGAAGAAGGAGGCCAAGCGCCGGAUCCAGGGCAACGUUGGCAUGCAAGAAUCGUCGGGCGACAGCGGCGAGGACGGCGAGGACCAAGCGCCCAGCUCGGCCCGCAAGCUGUCGACUGCGCCAACGGUCAACACGCUUGCGGCGUCGGCGAUGUAG